GGUGUCACUAGUAUGUGUUUUUUUUAGACUGGUACGAUUUCAUAUAGACGACAGUAAAUAAUACAAUAAAAAGGAAUAUUAUUUAAAAAACGCGACGAAAAAUAGAAUUUUGCGAUAGAAUUCGGUGAACAAUCGUACAUUUUAUUAGAAAUCGAACAUUUUCCAUAGAACAUAAUAAAAAUUUGCGAAGAAAAGAACAAAGUGCGAUUUUAUUUUCGACCGGACGAUAGUCACGAAGUUGAGUUUGGUUUUUUGUUUUUGUGUGUCAAAGAGCUCUAAUUGUUCGCAUCAUCAUUCAUCAGUCGCCAAAAUUCGACUUGAUGUGAAUUGAUCAGUUGCAAAAACAAAGCAAGAGACCAGAGAAAGAGAGUGAGAUAAACAAGGAAAGCAAAGAGAGAAACAAAACAGAGAUAGAAACAGUGAAACAAAAUAAUAAUAACAACAACAACAACAACAACAACAACAACAACAACAGCCAAAAGAUAGAAUCAAAAUCAAAGACAUUGCGCUAGAGUGCAAGAAUAUUUUACGCGGAAACGCAUUCGUGUGUGAAAAAUUGGUAUUCGGUGUAAAUUUGAUGUGAUGUGAUUUUGGUGUUGAUUGAUUCGGUUGAAACGCGCAUUGUUGUUAUUGCUCUCGUUUGUAUCGCUAUUUUUCGGAGCAUUGAAAAUAAAUAUAUACAUGUAUGUAUCAUAGAAGCAAGCAAGUGAAAAAAUAAAACACACAACAGCAAACACACAUCGAUGUGUAGAUGAUUUUGUGGCUCUGAUCUCGUUUAGUUCGUUCAUUCGUUUGCUCGCUAUAUAUACACAUACUACACACAACACCAUUACUCAUCGCCAUUGGACAUCGCCGUCGUUUCUUCGCUCUGCCUUUUGAUCAUAUUUUCACGUACGUGCAACUAUUUGAACCGAAAAAAGCGACACACAAGCUCUCUUCGAGGGAAAAAAAAACACACACACAUAUUCUAUGUACACGCAAGACAAGGACAAGAACAGAGAGGAAUAGGCAAAACUAGAGAGAGCGCCACUUCGUGAGCAAACGAGAUAGAGCAAUCAGAAAGUAAAAGAAAAACAUAGAAGUGGAAUAAAUAGCAACAACAGUGAAAACUGAGCUGAGAGAAGAAGCAAAGCAAAGAAGCAGCAGCAGCAGCAGCAACAGCAAGAAAGCAAGCAAAAAAAAUAAUAACGAAGAUACGGUGUAUGCGUAUUGGUGCGAGCACACAUUUGUGUACAUGGCCUUCCCUAUGACAUUUGUUUUGAGGUGCAUAUUAUCACAUUCAUAAUUCUAAAAUUCAGUUAUUUUUUUUUUGUCUUUCCACUUCGGGAAAAACGUUGUUGAUUUUUGUUUUGGUUGCUUUUCUCUGGUGUGCUACACGGUGAAAUUUGGUGCAAGUGUGUGGAAAUUACGUGACAUUUGAUGCAAUCAAAUGCGAAUUUGUGGUUCAAGUUGAUCGAAUCAAUAACAAAUGAAAACGCCGCCAAAUCAAUUGAGCUUUUGAGGUGGACCACAUUGGGAACCUACUCUCAUCCGUCAAUCAGAGAUUAACCUGUUCGUUGGUGGUUUUUUAUUCACACAUAAAACGAACGUUUCGACGGUUUUUGUUUCAUUCUUCGUUCGGUUUUUAAAACAGAGGAAAAAACAGAAUAUAUUUGACAGGAGAAAUUGCAGGGAAAUUUUCUCGUAUGCAAAAAUGUAAUCAAACUGGCAACAACACGCUGCCACAGUAAGCUAACAGUGCAUGUAUGUUGCGUGUGUAUAUGUGUGUUUGAAUGUGUUUGUGUGCAUGUUUGUGUGUGAGUGCGUAUAUGUUCAUGAGCAUUGACAGUAUAAGUCGCUCAAAUACAACUACAUCAACAACAACAAAAAAAUCAUCCAAAUACGUGUGUUUGUAGUACGCGCGAGCGAAAAACUUUUUUUUGUAUAAUCUUUUUUUCGGUAAAAAAAACCUCCAUACUCUAAUUAAAAAGAAAAGAACGAAACAAUUCAUUAAAAUCAAGUGCAACCAAAUGUUCGAUUAAAAGAAACCACCGAAGAAAAAAUUAACAAAUCAAACACAAAAACACUUGGCGAGGCGUAUACACAAUCGACGAAUUUAUCGUCGAAAUAAGAACAGUACUCGACAAGCACAGACAAAAGGAAAUUAUGUGGUGAUUUUUGUAGAGGUGAAUUCGGGUCCUGGCCAAAGUGAGCUGGGAUUUUGAAUUUGAAUGACGACCAAAAUAACACAAUUGGUGUUGCUCUUUUCUGUUUUAUCACGAUGCAAAGUUUGGAAUUGUCAUGUCAGGAAUCAGAUUUUAAGUUAAACGAUGCACUUAACAAAAUAAAAGGACAUCGUACAAGCACUGCGACCGAAACCACUACGACAUUAACCACACGAUUACCAUCAAAUACACAACACCAAAACCGUCAUCCGACAUUUAAUAGUAUUCAACAUGUGCAAAAUGUACAUAAUUCUUCAUCAAACGAAUCGAAUUCAACGAUGACGACACAUUCUACUUCAGCGGCUACAAUCACAUCGCAUAGCCGAACCAAUAACAAUAGUACUGAUCGAUUGUCGGCUUCAAAGCAAACAUCACCAUCAACAGCAUCGUCUUCGACACACGAUGGAGGAGGAGGAGGAGGUGGUGGUGUUGGAGGGAACGGUACCGAUGGUAUUACAAAUUUGACGUCGGAAAAACAGUCUCCGUCAAACACAUCGAUGUCCGGGAGCACAUCAGAUUCUUCAUUUUUUGAUAUUCACGAAAAACUUAGGGAAUUGUAUGUAUAUUUAUAUCUUAAAGAUAUUCAGGAUACGCAGGUAGACAAUAGGAUUAAAUUAAAAAGUCGAUCAUUCGUCUUGGAAACGCUGGUAGCAAGAGAAAACCUUAACACUGUCAUAUUAAAUUUGUAUCCCGGUAACAAAGGAUAUUCGCUAGCAUUUCGGCAAGAAUAUCUGCCACAAAACAAAAAAUACGAUGGACUACAUAGUAUAUUCAAUCGGAGUUUAACGAAGAGUCAAUUAUGUGGUGCUACCGAAUUGAAUAGUGUGAAUUGUGUUCGGCAAGAGAAAGAGGAACAUUUAUUGGAAACGGUUCGUUGGCCAUACGAGAACGGCGAUCUCUUGGAAUCGGUGAAUAACGAAGAAUUGCCGAUUCUGUAUAUGAAACUGCUACUGUCAUAUGCACCAAACGCAUUCUAUUCGGGCUGUGUAAUUGUUGAAGUGCGUGAUUAUCGUCAAUCGUUUCCAAUAUCUGCAUGCUGUGAUAAUUAUUAUGUUCUAUUAAAACCCACCACACAAACGCUUCUGGCUGAUGUCAAAGUGCUUUCAAAUGAAGAGGAUUUUACGCACGAAGAUCGUGUUGCACUGGAAAGUAAUAUGGUAUUGGCAACGGCCGCACCACUAUGCUUGGAUCCAAGCCCGAAAGUGGCACGAAAAGCAUUUUACAGUCAACACAAACGUCAAAUGUGGAACACAUUUGCGAUACGACGUCAAAUGCGGAAAUUCUCUCAGGUGGCCAUCAAUCGUAAACGAAAAACGGAUCAAUUUACGCAUACGCAGGGUCUGGAUCUAAGCGAUUAUUUGUUCCGGGCAAGGCAACGACCCCGUCAUUUGCUAUCCCAAUCGUUUGAUAGUUCGAUCGGUUCGACGUGGAAAAUACCACGUAAAGCUUCAGACGUUAUGAAACCAAUACGCACACCAAAUCUUGACUUACCAACCACACUGAAGCCUCCAUCCAGCGUGAAUGUCGAACAGCUGGCUAGAGCUUAUGACAAACCCAGAGAGACAAAAGACUGUAUGCCAAUACUUAUCGAGGAGUAUAUUUUGGAAACGGAUCGUGGCCACAAUCGGGUGUACCACAUUAAAUUAUCGAUCUAUCAAAGGCCAACCAAUUCCGAAUAUUUGGGCGAAUUAUACGUUGAUCGCGACUAUCAAAAGAAUUCACGCAACGGCGAAGCGUGCCAAUUUUCACUCGGCACCCGCGCCCAUGCCAACCGAUACAUACAGCAAUUUACGGAGAUUUUCACCGAAGAAGGACGCAAAUCAGUCAAAAUUACACACAUUGUUCCUGGACACGCGCCAAAGGUUUCUUAUACUACAGGCAUGGUAGAAAGUCUGCCGCUACCAACGCAACAGAAGGGACAACAGCCACCAACACAACAACAACCAUCGUUAGCGGCGGUGGCCUCAUCGUCGUCGCAACAACAACAACAGCAAACUAGUACAACCAAUUCACAAAGUCAACCGCAGACCACAGCACCACAAUCGCAAAUCAACAGCCAACAAAAGGUCGCAAUCACAUUGAAAUCACCCACAACAACACAUGGCAUUCCUGUUGCCUCUGAGGUACCGGGACUACCAGGAUCAUCGCAAAAUCAACCAACACACCUGAAAAUUGCAAAUGGCUCAGUUGUUGUUGUACAAGAGCAAUCCAGUGGCAAUAUUUCUCUAGGUGUUGCCACGAUUACAUCACAGCAGGCGCAGAAUCAAACCAAUUCACCUUCGCAGCAAGGAAUCGUAACGAACAAUCUACCAUUAUUGGCGCAGAUAUCUAAUAAAACAGCUCCACAAACCUUAACUACUGCGUCUGGUAGUUCAAAUGAUAUAAACACAUUGAUGACUAGCAUAAUCCAAUCACCGACACAUUCACUACAAAAUCAAGCAGGAACGACACCAACCCAUAAAUCAAAUAGUAAUGCAGCUAUAAUAAGUCUAUUGAAUAGUGCUCCGGCUGCGAUGACAAGUUCGGCCGUUGUAAACACUUUGAAUACACCAUCGAAUUCGCCGGUAACCAUUCCAAUUCAGCGACUUAUCGCAACGCAUACAACAAAUAAUACGGAUAAUUUACAACAAUCGCAACAGGCGCAAACACAAACAGUGCUAUUGAAUCAGGAUCAACAAGCGAAUGUUCGUGUAACAAUGUCUGCAUUAGCUAGUCAAUUAGCUUCACCACCAGCACUAAUGUCCAGUUCACCCAUAAAUCCAUCGACUUUUAAUUUUGCCCAAUUGAAAUCGCAUCAAGUGCAACAAGUAUCCGCACAACCGCAACAACAAUUGUUGAUGAAUAACAACAAUAAAAUUCGCCGAGAUUCGUUAGCAGCACCGUCGCCGGGCAGUGAUUCAAAUGCAUCAAGUGCAUCAUCGUCCAAUUUAGGUAAUUUUUCAAUAACACCCGGAUUUCCGUUCAUCGGUUCGGCAUCACCAACCACAUCGAUCAUCAGCAAUGAAUGCAGCUCCGGUUCCAUCGAACGUGUUCCAAGCGCUGACAAAAGCUUCCUUGAAGUAUCAAUGUGCGGCCCAUCUUCACUGUCGUCCGGAUCAUCGUUUAUGACACCAUCACCGAAAAACAAUGUCACAGCAAUCGCUUCACCAUUGUCAAGUCCAACGCAUCAGCAACAACAGCAACAGCAGGUCGAUUCACCAUCAUCCGUCAGUUCAACGUCCGCAUUUCAAAUACGCAAACAAAACAUUGUCACCGCCACUUCCAACGAUGCAACCAAUCAAAAUCAAAGCAAUCAAUCCGUCGCCCAAACGACCACUCUCAAUCUGCACGGCAUCAAUUUCAGCAGCCUCCAAGGUGCCAUGGCCACAUUUCCGGGCCUACAAAAUGUGCAGGUUCAAAUUCCUGGACUCGCCCAACCGAUUUCACUGUCACUAACCGGAGCAACGGGCAACACUGUAGCUUCGGCUAGUCCACAUCAACUUGAAUCAAUGCCAGUUUCAUUGGGACAAACCACACAGACUGUCGUCUUGACAACUGCUAGCCAACAAGGACAAGGAUCCGUACUUUCACUGCCAAUAGCCCAACUCGUAGCCGCGUCCAAUGUUAAGAAUUUGAGUCCGCAGCAAUUACGUAAUGUCAAUGUAAAUUUAGGCGCAACGCAAACGAAUCAACCGCAACAAACGCAUCCGCAUAUGCAACAACAGCGGCCAAGAAGUGUACCAACGAUCGCAACAUCAACGAUAAAUGCAAAGCAACUGGCCGCACGUGGUUUGAUUACAUCACAACGAAAUAUAGCGGUCGCACCAAAUACAGCCCAAAUGAAAAUUACCACCCCAAUCACAAUGGCCUCUGUACCGCAUGCAACGGCAUCAACUUUGGGCGCUGUUAAUAACAACCCAAUGCUGGUACAGCUGCAACUGCAGAAACACCAUCAGACCCAGCAAUUUCACCAUCAGAAUCAGCAUCAGUAGCGGAUACAUGUGGAUAUUUGAAUGACAACGGCAACCAAGAUCGAAGUUGAUUCGCCGGUGCCUCUUCAUCAACAAAUGCAGGCAUAUCCGCCACUCAUUCCAACACAUCCAGAUUGCAUCACUGAGCCAAUGCUACACGCCAAAAUGGAAUGUCUUGCAAAGGGGGCGGAAGCGUUUAUGCAAUGUCGUUCAUUACAAGUGUUUAUGCGCUCGGAUUUCAAAGUCGUUUGACUGAUUUCGACUAGCUGCGUGCGCGUUACCGCUUGCUUUAUCUCUUUAACGCAGUGUGCCUACUCUCUACGUACAAUUCAACGUGUGGCAAAUGAUACUCAUUUCGAAGGAAUGCAAUUCCGACUGGAAAACCAUUACAGCCAUGAACAAAUGACAAAACAACACUAAAAUCGAAUGUAUUCAAUCAGUAUAAAUGCAGCCGAUUGUUCAAGGGCGAAACACGAACAGUGUCUGUUUGUUAAUUUAUCGGAUUGAAGCGCUUAAAUUUUAUUUUCAAUAAAGAAACAAAAACAGAAUAUGUAUGUAUACUGAUUAAUGCAAAACAAAACAAACACAGUCCGAAUUGUAUCGGGUAUAAAAUUUAAAAGAAAAAUCAUACCGUUUACUCACUCACCUUGUGAUUAUAUUCAGCCCGUUCUUCAUUUCGAUAACAAAACACAAGUUAAACGAAAAGGGAAAAAAGAACGAAAAUCAAAUAAAUUUGAUGUUGUAUCAGUAUCAGCAUAUAACUAAAAUGCCGUUAAUACAAGCAAACAUGUGUAUAUACAAGAAAAAGAUGGAAAAAGAAAUUAAAUAAAUAAAUGAAUUAGAAUAAUAAA